AUGUCGCGCGUAGCCUCGCGCGACGCUGCUCCGCGGUCUCUGCAGCCAAAGAAGAAGGCCCCACAGCAACCAGUAGUGGAGACGACAUGGAACACGCUGGUGGUCGGCGAGAUUGUGGACUUCCAUCUGCACCCUCAAGCGGACCGUUUGAACGUUUGCGCCGUCAACAUCGGUGACAAGGACGAUCUGCUGCAGAUCAUUUGCGGCGCCCCUAACGUGCGCCAAGGCGCACGCGUACCCGUCGCUAAAGUAGGAACGCGCUUGGCCAUCAAGGAGCCCGAGACCGGCGAGCUCAAGAAACUCAAGAUCAAGAAGUCCAAACUGCGUGGAGAAGUCUCGCAAGGUAUGAUCUGCUCGGAGGCGGAGCUUGGACUGACGGAUGAGAGCGACGGCAUUCUAAUCUUCGAAGACGAUGCUGAAGUGGGAGGCCUUGUGUUCGAGUACGGGACAAUUGCCAGCCGUCUGAAAGCACGCGGAAUCUCCGUCCCUACUCCGGAACCGAAGGCCACUCCAGUUCAACCUGAGCCAACACAGGAAUAA